AUGGACCGACGCAACGUUUUCGAUCUCUUUGGAGAAAUCAGCUCCAGCUCCGAAUCCGACACCAACGGGCCCACGCCGACCACGACGCCGCCAACGCCUGCCAAGCCGCCUCCAGCGACCCCGAGCCCGGGACGAUCCCGACGACCGCCGCGGCCCGGGACAUCCAUCCAGCGAUCCGACCAGGCAAACCGGCGGAAGGCGAUCAUCCUAACGACGCCGCCGGAGAUCAAGCCGCGCCGCCGCGGAAGGAUCGCCGCCCUAGCCGACCCCCGGUCGGCUAUCAGCCGUCCACCAGCUGCCAGGACCAGCAAGGCCUCGACAGCCAGGCCCCCGAACACCGAAGCGCACACCGCCACCAGGGCUCCCAUGCCCCGGCCAACAAACACCGAGCCGUGUACUGCCCGGCCUGCGACCGUCGGACCACCUACCGCCCGGCCUGCGAAACCCGGCCCGCCGACUACCCGGCCCACGACCGCCGGCCCAGCGAUCAUCCGACCUGCGACCGUCGGAUCGCCCACCGCCCGGCCUGCAACCACCGGACCAUCCACGCCCGCCGGACCGCCCGCCACCCGACCGCAGACCGCCAGGCCACCUAUUGCCGGGACCAUUCCCGUCCGCUUGGGCGACGGCACCGUAGUCGAGGUCCCCGCCGGAUCGGCUAUCAUCGGGCGGAGAUAUAAGGUCCGCACCGCGUCGGGCCGAUGGGUGAUCAGGUUCCACCCAGACGGCCGCCCCCGAGCGGCCCGGCGUCUAGAUGGGCCCCCCUGA